GACUGCUGUGAUAUACCUCUCAUGACAAAGACUAUUACAAAGAAGAUUGCUUUCCUUUGGCAGCUUUGGUCCAUAAGGAAAUAAAACCUGGUGACAAGGAACCCGGAAGGAUGAGACAGCUGACCAGAAAGAGAAGGUUGAGUGUGAAUUCAAAAGAACAGAAGCAAGAUGACUAUUUGGUGCAAAGUGAAGAAGAAAAGAAGCAGAUGGAUAAUGUGGCUUCUUCCUGUGACACUGCUGCCCAGGGAGUAUGGUCUUGGGAUGAGUACUUGAAAGAACAGAAGGCUGUUGCAGCACCAGUAGAACUGUUCUCCAGGGACCAGUCUUUUCCUGAACAUGAAAAUGGCUUUCAGGUUGGAAUGAGAUUGGAAGGCAUUGACCCCCGCCAUCCCUCCAUAUUCUGUGUGCUGUCAGUAGCAGAGGUGUGUGGUUAUCGCAUGAGGCUUCAUUUUGAUGGCUACUUAUGCUGCUAUGAUUUUUGGACCAAUGCAGGCUCCCCUGACAUACAUCCUGUGGGAUGGUGUGAAAGUACAGAUCAUGAGCUACACAUCCCUAAAGGUUACAGAAAAGAUAAAUUUAUUUGGACAGAUUAUUUGAAAUCCUGCAAAUUGCGAAAUGCCCCCAGGAGAUUAUUCAGGAAUCAAAGUUCUAACACCCCAAUGCCUGAAGCAUUUCAGGUUGGGAGGAAGCUUGAAGCAGUGGACAGGAAAAAUCCUUCCUUGGUGUGUGUGGCCUCCAUCGCAGACAUUGUUGAAGACCGAUUACUUGUGCACUUUGACAACUGGGAGGACAGUUACGAUUAUUGGUGUGAUUUUACCAGUCCAUACAUCCAUCCUGUUGGCUGGUGUCAAGAAAAUGGCCGAACGCUGAUAGCCCCCCAAGAUUACCCUGAUCCUGAACAUUUUUGCUGGAGAGAAUAUCUGAAAGCUACACAGACAUCAGCGGUUCCUGCCAAAGCAUUUAAAACGAGGGCUUCCCACGGGUUCCUGGCGAAUAUGAAACUUGAAGUGGUGGAUAAACGGAAUCCCAGAUUAAUCCGCGUAGCCACCAUUGCAGAUGUAGAAGACCAAAGGAUAAAGGUCCAUUUUGAUGGCUGGAGCGAGAAAUACGAUUAUUGGAUCGACGCCGACAGCCAUGACAUUCAUCCGGUGGGUUGGUGUGACAUCACAGGACAUCCACUCGAGCUGCCCCAUCGAGCAAAAGAUUUGAAGACAACACCGGGGCAGGCUUGUUGUCCUACCCCUGAGUGCCGGGGAAUUGGCCACAUCCGAGGUCCCCGCUACGCGGGCCACCACAGUGCUUUUGGAUGCCCGUAUUCAGACGUUAACUUGAAAAAGGAGGCAACACUUCAUGACCGUCUCGGAGAAAGAGCCCAGGCAAAUUCAGUUCCAGAUGCUCCGCCCUCAAAACAUAAAGACCUCUGUAACCUGAACAUUAACGGGAGACACAAGAAGACAGCCAGCCAGCCCAGCCUUGUACCGCAGGAAAAGUGUCUGAAAAUGAAAGGAAAAGAAGAUAUUGACUUAGAUCAUCUACUCAGAGAAGACUCCACGGAGAGCAUCCAGAGCGCCCUGCACCAAUCCAUCUUCAUGUCGGCCAUGUCGGUUCACCCCUCCCGCGACCUGCCCCUUUGCUGGGAGCAGCACUGCAAGCUCCUUCCCGGAGUGGGAGAUAUUCAGGCGAAUGAAGUUGUCAAAUGGACCGUGGACCAGGUGGCGACCUUUAUCCAGACCCUUCCAGGGUGUGAAGAACAUGCGAAAGACUUCCAAAAAGAGCAGAUUGAUGGCAGAGCGUUCCUUCUUCUGACCCAGACAGAUAUCGUUAAGGUGAUGAACAUCAAACUUGGUCCAGCAUUAAAGAUCUAUAAUUCCAUCCUGAUGUUCAAAAAUGCCCAAGACGUUGUAGAAGUGGAUUCUUCAUCUAGCUAGGUCAUCAGGGGAUAAGUGCAAUGUUCUCUUCUUAUCACUGAAGCAAUAACAUUUGGGAUAAGUGAACUUGAUUUUAGCGUUUCACAUUUUAUGCCUCUAAACUUAAUCCGAAAAUGUAAAAGGGUCCAAGUUUUGUACAUUCGGAAGAUUUUGAUGAUUAAGUGCCAAAAACAACAACAAGAGAUUUGGGCACAUUUACUUGUAAAAAAAAAACUAUCUUUGGUGGAGUCUUUUCAGCCUGGUUACGUCAAAUCAAGCAGACAUACAAAAGAAGUCUAUUUGUACAUUUUUAUUCUGCAUCUUCCAUUUGCCAUGUUACAAGCAUAAAACCCGUAAGUGGUGAAAUAUUAGAAAACCGGUAUUCUUAAAUAGGUUGCUAAUAUUGUCACCAGAACAACAACAUCUGAACUGGGUUCAAAGUUAUUACCUGUACCAUAACAUGUCUGCAAAAGGCAUAUUGAGAGAAGUGAAAAAGGCCUAGGGCUUGAAAAAGACUUCAUGUGAAAUUUUUGUGUACUUACUCAGGAAAGUGUGAAUGUGCUGGGAGGUUUUUGUAAGUAAAGCACAUCUUUUCAAGAUUUAUUCUUCGUGCUCUGUUUGUUCAUGUAUCCAGUCCACUGUUUCUCUCAGACAGCUUCUCUGGGCCCAGAAAGUGCCAUAUUCAAUAUAAAACUCAGGCCUGGGUCUUUUAAUAAUAAUAAUUAUUAUUAUUAUGGUAUU